UGUAUAUAUAAAUAAAUACAGGCCAAGGUGAGAGAUGUGAGACUGAGGAGGCACUCUCUGGUUUUUGCUUUCCUUUUCUGGUCAUUAUAUAAGAGGACUGUGGAUCGGUCGCAAGUCGAUCGAGUUGAGUAGAGGUAAUCAUAUUUUCUCAUCAAGCAAUAUUAAGUUUAAGGAUAGGAUCGAGGAAGCAUGGAGUAUGGUGGGUUUGGGAGCCUGUCGGAGUGCGAAGAAGAGUUGAUUGAAGAGUUGCUGGUACAGGGAUGCUGGGUGGAAACGAGUGGGAGAAGCGAGGAAAUGCCCAUGGGGAAGACAUGGUGGAUUGGACCAAAGGCUAAUCAUGCAUCCGUCAAAGAAAGACUAGAGGCUGCGAUGGGAUACUUGAGAGAAUACACAAACAACAACAUUCAGAUAUGGGUUCCCCUGAGGAGGAGCGCAGGCCAGGAGCUUGGGACUGAUGAGUCGGAUACGAUUGCUUUUGAAAGGAACAGGAACGUAAAGCUUAGGUUGUUUAGAAGCCAAGAGGGAUGUGUGGGGGUUCCUGUGUUGGAAAGAGGGAGUGGCACAUGCCUGGGUGUACUAGAGAUAGUAAUGGAGGAUGAGGUAGUGAGUGAGAUGAUGGAGGUGGUGAGGUGUGUGUGCAAGGCGCAGAAGGUGCCUUUGGCACUGGCAUGGGCUCCAUGCGUCCAACAGAAGCAAGCCAAGUACUGCGGGCAUUCAAGGGAUGAGAGCUAUGUGUCGACUGUGGAGAGAGCGUGCUUUGUCGGAGAAGAGAACCCCCAGCUGUUGGGCUUCCAGGAGGCCUGCUCUCAGCAUCACCUUUUCCGCGGACAAGGAGUUGUUGGGACUGCCUUGGCAACAGCCAAGCCCUGUUUCGCCACCGACAUAACCGCCUUCUCCAACGCCGAAUAUCCUCUCUCCCACCACGCCUCCAUCUUUGACUUGCAUGCUGCUGUCGCUAUUCCUCUUACUACUUUCUCUUCCUCUUUUCAUUUUGUCUUGGAGUUCUUCCUUCCCCUAGACUGCCCUGACCACAACCACUUCCUCAACUCUUUAUCCCUUCUCCUUCACCAAGCUUGCCGCUCCACCUUCCAUCUUUCUCUCAUCCAUGAUCACCAUCUUGAUUUUGAAUUCUUGCCUACUGAAUCCCCUUCCCAGGCCUCCUGGAUUGCACACAUGAUGGAGGCCCAGUCCCAACACAUUAAAGGCGUGUGCUUGUCCUUGGAAGAAGAACCCAAAGAGGAGUUCAAAGUCACCACAACCCACUACUGCAACUGGGACAGUACUGCCACCAGUACUUAUCAGGCACAUGACCAGGUCGUGUUUGGGGAAGAAUCUCACACUCACACAUUUGGUGGGAAGCGUGGCAGAAAACCAGGCGAGAAGAGACGAACCAAGGCCGAGAAGACUAUCAGCUUGCCAGUUCUAAGACAGUACUUUGCAGGAAGCCUAAAAGAUGCGGCAAAGAGCAUUGGCGUGUGUCCCACGACUCUGAAAAGGAUAUGCAGACAGCACGGCAUAACGAGGUGGCCUUCAAGGAAAAUCAAGAAGGUGGGCCACUCUUUGAAGAAACUUCAACUUGUAAUCGAUUCAGUGCAGGGUGCCGAGGGUGCCAUACAGAUCGGCUCCUUCUACAACAGUUUUCCGGAGUUGAGUUCUCAAUCAUCCAAGUCCAACAACAACAACAACUCAUCCUCUCCUACAGCAGCAGCAGCAGCAGCACAAAGCCCUCAACAACCCUUGAGAGUGAAGGCUACUUUUGCGGAUGAAAAAAUCCGUUUUAGCUUGCAACCACAUUGGGGGUUCACAGAAUUGCAGCUGGAAAUCGCAAGGCGCUUCAACCUAAACGAUGUGAGCAACGGCUACUUGGUUCUAAAGUAUUUGGAUGAUGACGGGGAGUGGGUUGUUUUAGCCUGCGAUGGUGAUCUUGAGGAGUGUAAAGACUUGCAUACAACAUCUCAGAGCCGCACAAUUAGACUCGCCCUAUUUCAAGCUUCUCCUCUUAAUAAUCUACCAAAUACAUAUACUUUUGCCGCGGCUACCCCUUCUUCCAGCCUCGCCGUCUCUCUUUAGUACUCUACCAUCACAUUUGCAUUCAUUUCUGCUUUGCUUUUACUUUUUAGACUCAUUUUAUUUAUAUCUAUUACUUCUUCUUAAAAUGCUAA